UUCGCAUCCAGGAGACCCUCAAUUAUCCAGCGAGAUGAAGCUCUUCUCCAAGAAGGCCGAGGAGCCGCAACUCAGCGCAUCGGAGCAUGCGACCGAGAAGGAGGUCACGCCUUCGAGAGUCGAAGAUGGCCCUGCACAAACCACGAAUACGUCGACCAUCGAUCCCGAGAUGGAGAAGCGAGUGCGCCGGAAGCUGGACAUGAAUCUCAUUCCACUGGUCUCAGCACUCUACUUGCUCGCCUUCCUCGACCGCUCAAACAUAGGCAACGCGCGCAUCGCCGGUAUGGAAACCGACCUGCAUUUCGCACCCGGCAACUACGACUGGCUCCUCACCAUCUUCUACAUCUCCUACAUCUGCUUCGGCUUCCUGGCGAUGAUGUGGAAAGUCGUGCCGCCGCACUACUGGGCCGCGCUCUGCGUCUUCACGUGGGGUCUUGUCUCGACUGUGCAAGCAGCAGCCGACUCGUGGGGCGCGAUGAUGGCGCUGAGGUUCAUUAUGGGUGCUUCCGAGGUCGCAUAUGGGCCGGGUGUGCCGUUUCUGCUGUCGUUCUUUUAUCUGAGGGAUGAGCUGGGGUUGAGGAGUGGAUUGUUCUUGAGCGCUGCGCCGUUGGCGAAUACAUUUGCUGGGGCGCUGGCGUAUGCGAUUACGAGUGGCAGUCCGUCGUUGGCGAAGUGGAGAGUGCUGUUCUUAGUUGAGGGGUUGCCGACUGUGGUGAUGGCAGGUGUUGCGUUCUUCUUCUUGCCAGAUAGUCCUGAGAAGGCGAAGUUUUUGAAUGAGGAAGAGAGGGAGGUUGCGAGAGCCAGAGGGGUCAGACAAGCUGGUGAAGCUACCCGCAUCGGCAGCAUCAACUUCAAGGAGUUUUUCACGGGUCUGGCAGAUCUCAAGGGUUGGAUCUUGGGGCUGAUGUACUUCUCUUGCAAUGUCGCCUUCUCCUCUCUCCCGGUCUUCCUGCCGACAAUUCUGAAAGAGAUGGGCUUCAGCAGCGUCAAUGCCCAGGGGUUGACAGCUCCUCCAUUCUUCCUCUCUUUCCUCACCGUCAUCGUUACAUGCUACAUUGCCGACCGCACACAACAGCGUGGAAUCAUGGUCGCGUCACUCACUGCAAUCGGUGGCAUUGGAUACGUAAUCCUGGCUACAUCGCACUCUGUUGGUGCUAGAUACUUUGGUGUAUUUCUGGCUGCGGCUGGCGUCUUCCCUGCAAUUGGUAACAUUCUACCGUGGGUGACCAACAACCAGGGUUCAGACACUCGAAGAGGAGCCGGAAUCGUGCUCCUGAAUCUGAUCGGGCAAUGCGGUCCUCUGCUGGGUACGCGAAUGUACCCCACAAGCGAAGGGCCGUACUAUGUCAAGGGACAGUCUGUGUGUGCGGCGUUCUUGUUCUUCUGCUGCUUUCUGGCGCUCACGUUGAGGACGUUGCUCGUCUGGGAGAAUAAGAAGCUUGACCAGAAAUAUGGAACUGUUGCUCAGCAGAGAUUAACCAUGCAGGAGGCGGCUGCGAGAGGCGAGGGUAAGGAUGAGGAGGUCGCUGUGGAGAAUUAUGGCCCGCUAUUCAGAUACGUACUGUAG